UGUCAUUUGGGAAAAGUUCUUCAAAUUGCAUAUUGAUAAGGAUUGUAGCAAUGUUUCUGUCGUUGGCGUUGAAAGUGUUUUUCUUUACAUUAAACUGCAGUUUGAUUCUGAGUUUGGAAUGCCAGGCCAAAGGUAGAGUUGAUGCUUCGUGGACACAAGACUGUCUGCGUACCUGUGAAUAUCCUGCAGAACCGAAAGUAUGUGAAUAUGUAUUCUCAGCAAAAUGGUUCUACUCCAUGUCAUCCUACUGUUUCGAUUGCCCAUUGAAUGUGGACGACUGCUACUUAGACGGAUGUGUAGCACUUGACGGUUCCGCUCGACCAGUUGUCGUAACCAACAGCACGAUACCCGGACCGAGCAUCCAGGUGUGUGAAGGUGAUACAGUUCGAGUGAAAUUGAUUAAUAAUCUACAAGACCACGGUGCCUUGACAAUCCAUUGGUAUGGAAUGCAUCAAGAGGGUACAAACUGGAUGGACGGUGCAUCUAUGAUAACGCAAUGUCCAGUUGUGUCUUCGUCUUCAUUCACCUAUGAAUUUACAGCAGAUCCAGCUGGGACCCAUUGGUGGCACGCCCAUUCUGGUUACCAGAGGUGUGAUGGUAUGUAUGGAUCAUUGAUUGUAAGACAAGCGAGAGAAGUUCAACACAAUGGCUAUGCAUAUGAUUUUGAUCUUCCGGAGCAUGUGAUGAUGUUGGCGGACUGGAAGAGUCGACCCGCCAUGAGUACAUUUUUGAUGACGGAAAGUCCAACCAGAUACGUCAUUCCAGAAGAGCAAACGUUUUCAAUAUUGGUGAAUGGAAGGGCGAACGAAAUUCCCUUUUAUGAUGAAAAUAAUAACACCUACUUCACACCUCUUUCAACGUUUGAAGUUGACGAAGGAAUGACAUACCGUUUUCGGGUGAUCAGCGCGGCUUUUGCUCUGUGUAAUUUGCAAGUAUCAAUUGAUUCACAUCCCCUUACUGUCUUCGCAGUAGAUGGUUCUCAAGUGAGUCCCAAAGAAGUAGAUUCCUUCGUUAUAGCUCCAGGAGAAAGGUACGACUUCCUGUUGAAAGCAACUGCUGAGCCGGCUUCGUAUUGUAUAUAUACCGUUGGAACAUCAUCUACCGAGUGUGUUGAUGAUGGAGUUGCCGUGUUGCAGUACAGUACUGGUUCAAAAGAAAUACCUUCAUGCUUACCUGUCCCAGACGUCCCUGCGUCUCUUACAGAUACAGCGAUAUUUUCCGUACUAGAGUCAGAUCCACUGGAUACACUAGAUCUAGAUCUAUAUACCGUAGAUGCCAUAUAUUACGUCUCCUUGUCUUUACUACUAACGACGUAUUACACUGAUGACGGAAGGCGUUUAGAUAGUGGUGUACUUUCAAAUUUCCAAAUUGACAAUGUCAAUUUUGUCUUCCCAAAUUCUCCAAUUCUGUCAACUAAUCGGGACGACAUAGAAACGUGUUAUCCGAAUCAGGACAAGUCUUUCUAUGACAAUUGUGCCAAGGAGGUGUGUGACUGCACAAGUGUUAUAAAGCUGCCCCUUGGAAAGGUUGUAGAAUUUAUUGUUUUCAAUGUAAAUGAGGCUGAUUACUCGAUGCAUAUGCAUGGCAACUCAUUCAGAGUUCUGACACAAGAGACCAUUGGAGAUGAACAACCGCUAACAAAGGAUUAUUUAGAAGAUCUUGAUAAAGAAGGAAAGCUCUCCCGAAUUUCACCCGAGCAUGCUCUCAUUAAAGAUACCGUGAAUGUCCCGGCUUACGGCUACGUAAUAUUGAGGUGGAAGACGGAGAAUCCAGGAUAUUGGCUUUUUCAUUGUCAAACUAAUAGUCAUUUAGAGACAGGACAAGCUACAAUACUACAAAUCGGCGAGAUUGACGAAAUUCCGUUGCCACCCGACGAUAUGCCUAAAUGUGGUCCAUGGGUUACGAAGAGUUGA